AUUCGAAAGACGUUAUGAAUCUUUCAGCACAUGCCCCAAAAAAUAUCUUCUUGCUUCAAACCCGUUCGGCAAACCAUUCCAAAUUCCAAUUAAACGCCAUUGAUGCUAUUCAUCUUCUUCCUCCAAACAACCAUCCCCCCUUCCACCUCAGUUUCUGAAGAGCCCGGUUCUCAUUUCGCCUUCCUCGGUCGACAUCUCCCCUCCUCAAAAUAAAACUCCUCCCUCCUUCCUCUCCAUCCAAGCCCCAACCAUGGCCAAAACACCAUACCACUCCCUCACACUUUUCCUUACCCUCUCCCUUACCAUACUUCUCCUCGUCUACCCUUUGCCCUCAACCUCCUUCUCCAUUGGCGUAAACUACGGCGCUCUCGCCGACAACCUCCCACCGCCGGCGCAAGUCGCCGCCUUUCUCAAAGAUCGCACCUUCAUCGACCGCGUGAAGCUCUUCGACUCCAACCCCGACAUGAUCCGUGCAUUUGCCGGAACCGGUAUCGCCCUCACCAUCACCGCCCCCAACUCCGACAUACUCUCUCUCUCCACCCUCUCCGGCGCCACCACCUGGCUCACCAACAACGUAUCCCCUUUCUAUCCCGCCACCAACAUCUCCCUCAUCGCCGUCGGAAACGAAGUCCUCGCUACAUCCGAUCGCAACCUCAUCGCCCACCUCGUCCCCGCCCUCCGUUCCCUCUCCGCCGCCCUCUCCGCCGCCGGAUUCCACCAAAUCCGAGUCUCCACCCCUCACUCUCUCGGCAUCCUCUCCGCCUCCGAGCCCCCUUCCUCCGGCCGCUUCCGCCGCGGUUACGACCGUGUAAUCUUUGCCCCAAUGCUCGAUUUCCACCGCAAAUCCAAAACCCCCUUCGUCGUUAACCCCUAUCCUUACUUCGGCUACUCUAAUCGAACCCUGAAUUACGCCCUGUUUAAGCCCAAUCCCGGGUUCUUCGACCCGGUGACCCAAAUCAACUAUACGAACAUGUUUGAAGCUCAGAUGGACGCCGUUUUCUCGGCGAUGAACCGUCUCGGUUACGGCGACGUCGAGAUCACCGUCGGCGAGAGCGGAUGGCCGUCUGCCGGCGACGCGGGGCAGGUCGGCGUCAACGUUGAUGAUGCGGCGGCGUAUAACGGGGAACUCAUACGGCACGUGACCUCCGGUAAAGGUACGCCGUUGAUGCCGAAUCGGACGUUCGAGACCUAUGUUUUCUCCCUAUUUAACGAGGACUUGAAGCCGGGGCCCACCGCCGAACGGAAUUUCGGGCUUUUUCGGCCGGAUUUUACGCCGGUGUACGACGCCGGCGUCCUCCGGGGAGGCGCCCAGGGAGGUGGGCCCACGCCGGCGCCGACGGGGACAACGGAAUGGUGCGUGGCGACCGGCGGUGCGAGCGAGGCGGCUUUACAGGCUAACAUUGACUACGCGUGCAGCACAGCGGGAGUGGACUGUGGGCCGAUUCAGGCGGGCGGGCCGUGCUUCCAGCCCAAUACGGCCCAAGCCCACGCAAACUAUGCAAUGAACGCCUACUACCAGUUCGCGGGCCGCCACGACUUCAAUUGCGACUUCGGCCGGACGGGAGUUAUCGUCACCAAUGACCCCAGCAAUGGAGAUUGCAACUAUAGCACGUGAAGGGGAUGGUGGUGGGAUUUGUUCGAUGUUAGCGUCUGUUUUUUUAAUUUGGAGUGAAGUUAAUUGUAGUAGUGAUGUGUUGGUAACGUUGUCUGCUUAUAAACAUACAAAUCUGAAUGAAUUAUUGCUUCUGCGUCACGGUUAUGAUUGCGGUUUUUUAU